CUCCCUCCCUCAAAGGGCUUUUAUUUUGAAGGUUUCACACCGGAAACGUUAUCUAACGGCCUGCUGUGUGUUUCCUUGAUGCUUCUGCUUGUCAGCCCGAAAACCAGCGAGAAAACAUCACUGUGGUGAGACUCUGCAGUCAGGGAGGGUCUGGAGUCCGGUUCACAGAUCAGCGGAGUCUGUCUGCGCACCUGUCUGCGCACCUGUCUGCGGGUGGAGGGACUCAGCUGCAGCGGGAGGAUGCUCUCCUCCUGCCGGGAAUCUGGACUUUCCUCUCGCGUCGUUCGGCGGGAUGCUGCGGUCUGAACCCGGGGCUUCUCCCCUCCUCUGCCCGCUGAACUUGGAUCAUCUGCGGGGGGAUUAAACUCUUCGCUCCCUCCGCCUCUUUCUCUCCGGCUCUCUCCGGAACUGCCCGAUCAUUUCCCAGUGGAUAAAUAAUCCGCUUCUUUUAUUUUUUUGAGAUUCUGGAUUACCGGAGUCCUCCUUUGACUCCGGUGGAUUUUUACGCACGCACGGAUUUGUGAAUGGGUGCGCGUUUUCCUCCGGUGGCACCUGGUCCACCUGGUGCGUUAUCACGCGACCGCAGAGAAGGGGAUACGGGAGAAAACCCACCCGUGCCCGUGGAGGAUUAGUGUGAGGAGGGAUUAUAUUUUCCAGGAGCAGAAUCCUCCAUCCGUUGUGUUCAUUUUGCUGUUUUUUUGUUUUGGACGCACACAGAACUUUCCAGACGCGUCAGGAUGCUUUCUCUGUUUCUGUCCAUUUUUUUUAUUUCCUCUGGUGUUUGGGGGGGGGGGAAGGUAAAAUAAAAACCACAAGAAGCUCCCCUUAGAUGGGGAAACUAAAGUCAUGAAAUACAGCAAAAAGUUGGUCUCCUGUCUCAGCUGUUAAAACACCACGAGGCGCGGUGGGGCUCGCUUCAGACAGAAGAUUACAGAAACACAAUUAAAAUGACAUUGCAUGAAUUUAUAUGUGUUACCUCCUCGGUCUUCCUGUGUGGACAAGGAUAGACCAGUAUCGCUGUAAAAUGCUGAUAAUUCAGGAUUUCACGUCAGGCUGAAGCCUGCACGUCAUGUCCUCUGCUCUAAUUCUGCUCUUUGUGGAAAGUAAAUAAGCAACAAGGAAAUUAAGAACCUUUAAAAGCCCGAAGUUAAACUGUUUUCUUUAAAAAAAAAAAAAUACCCCUCCCUCCCCCCCCAGAAGGAAAGCAUCCUAUCAGCAGGAAAACCUCCAGAACCAGCUGAUGAUAACUCUGCUGCUCUGGCCUGGAGCACCUUGACCCAGAAGAAGACGCGCAGUGACCCGGCGGCGGCGGACACGGUGUCCCGUCAGAUGAGUGAACAUGUCGGACCGGAGCGCCCCGGGCUGCCGGCUCCGGCUGGACUGGGUCUACGGGUACCGGGGCCACCAGUGCCGGAAUAACCUGUACUACACCGUCGGGAAGGAGGUGGUGUACUUCGUGGCCGGGGUCGGCGUGGUUUACAACACCAGAGAGCACAGCCAGAAGUUUUACCUGGGGCACAACGAUGACAUCAUCAGCCUGGCGUUGCACCCGGAGCGCUCCCUGGUGGCGACCGGUCAGGUGGGGAAGGAUCCCUACGUGUGUGUGUGGGACUCCUUCACCGUCCAGACCGUCUCUCUGCUCCGUGACGGACACACACACGGCAUCGCCUGCCUCGCAUUCAGCGCCGACGGACAGCGAUUAGCCUCGGUCGGCCUGGAUGCCAAGAACACAGUGUGUAUCUGGGAGUGGAAGAGAGGGAAGAUCCUGGCUACAGCUACCGGACACUCAGACAGAAUCUUCGAUGUGUGCUGGGAUCUGUUUCAGCAGAACCGUCUGGUGAGCUGCGGAGUCAAACACAUCAAGUUCUGGUCUCUGUGUGGUAACGCUCUCACUCCAAAACGGGGGAUUUUUGGGAAGACGGGCGACCUGCAGACCAUCCUGUGCGUGGCGUCGGCCAAAGAUGACAUCACAUACUCCGGGGCGCUCAACGGUGACAUUUACGUCUGGAAGGGACUCCACCUGAUCCGAACAGUUCAGGCAGCCCACGGGGCUGGCAUCUUCAGCAUGUAUUCCUGUGAGGAGGGUUUCGCCACAGGAGGCAGAGACGGCUGCGUCCGGCUGUGGGACGUCGACUUCAAACCCAUCACCAAGAUCGACCUGCGAGAGGCCGAGCAGGGAUACAAAGGUUUGUCUAUUCGCAGCGUCUGCUGGCGAGCCGACCGGAUCCUGGCGGGAACGCAGGACAGCGAGAUCUUCGAGGUGAUGGUGAGGGAUCGGGACAAGCCGCUGCUGAUCAUGCAGGGCCACAGCGAGGGCGAGCUCUGGGCUCUGGACGUUCACCCCAAAAAACCUCUGGGAGUCACCGGCAGCGACGACCGCUCCGUCAGGUUGUGGAGUCUAGUGGAUCACGCCCUCAUCGCUCGCUGUAACAUGGAGGAGGCGGUGCGGAGCGUGGCGUUCAGCGUGGACGGAUACCAGCUGGCUCUGGGCAUGAAGGACGGAUCCUUCACUGUGCUGAGAGUCAGAGACAUGACGGAGGUCGUUCACAUCAAAGACAGGAAGGAGGUGAUCCACGAGAUGAAGUUUUCUCCAGACGGAGCGUACCUCGCAGUCGGCUCCAACGACGGACUUGUGGACAUCUACGCCGUCGCCCAGAGAUACAAGAAGGUAGGAGAGUGCAGUAAAUCCAGCAGUUUCAUCACACACCUGGACUGGUCUCUGGACAGCAAAAUCCUGCAGACCAACGACGGAGCCGGAGAGCGCCUCUUCUACCGAAUGCCCAUGGGGAAGCCGGUCAGUAAGGAGGAGGUGAAGGGUCAGUGCUGGGCAUCCUGGAGUGGCGUCCUGGGCUCAGAAGUCAGCGGCAUCUGGCCUAAAUACUCUAAUCUAACCGAGAUCAACGCCGUGGACGCCAACCACGCUGCUGCCGUGCUCGUUACCGGAGACGACCUCGGCCUCGUUAAGCUCUACCGCUUCCCCUGCCUGAGGAAAGGAGCCAAAUUCAAGAAGUACAUUGGUCACUCAGCCCAUGUGACCAACGUCCGCUGGUCACAUGACCUGCAGUGGGUGCUGACCACGGGUGGGGCUGACCACGCCCUCUUCCAGUGGAGGUUCCUGCCAGAGUCAGUCAUGAAUGGAGGACUGGAUAUCAACAUACAAGACAGCCAUGGGGAUUCCAACAGUGAGGAGUCGGACAGCGACGUGUCGGAUGUCCCGGAGCUCGACUCCGACAUUGAGCAGGAGACGCAGAUCAACUACGACAGACAGGUGUAUAAGGAGGACCUGCCUCAGUUGCGACAGCAGAGCAGAGAGAAGAAACUGCAGGUUGGAUCUCUGAAGAGACAAAGAGGACCCGACCAAGGCCUCCGUCUGCAGUUUGUGCACGGGUACCGUGGUUACGACUGCAGGAACAACCUGUUCUACACUCAGGGGGGGGAGGUGUUGUACCACGUGGCGGCGGUGGGCGUGGUCUACAACCGGCAGCUGCACAGCCAGCGCUUCUACCUCGGCCACGACGACGACAUCCUGAGCCUCAGCAUCCACCCGCUGAAGGACUACGCUGCUACGGGACAGGUGGGCAGGGACCCAGCCAUCCAUGUGUGGGACAUCCAGACUCUGAAGUGUCUCUCUUUGCUGAAAGGAUUCCACCAGAGAGGAGUGUGUGCUCUGGACUUCUCAGCUGAUGGAAAGAGUCUGGUGUCGGUGGGAGUUGAUGACGGACAUUCAAUUGUAGUGUGGGACUGGAAGAGAGGAGAGAAACUCGCUACUGCUAGGGGUCAUAAAGAGAAGAUAUUUGUGGUGAAGUGUAAUCCCAUGCUGAUGGACAAACUGGUCACUGUGGGAAUCAAACGCAUCCAGUUCUGGCAGCAUGCAGGCGGCGGUCUGACUUUCAGGCGCGGUGUGUUCAGGUGCGUCGGCCGGCCGGAGACCAUGAUGUCGGUGUGUUACGGCCGCAGCGAGGCGCUGGUGUUCUCCGGCGCCGCCACGGGAGACGUUUACAUCUGGAAGGAACCGCUGCUGCUGAAAACAGUCAAAGCCCACGAUGGGCCGGUGUUCGCCAUGUUCUCCCUCGACAAGGGCUUUGUGACCGGCGGGAAGGACGGCGUGGUGGAGCUGUGGGACGACAUGUUUGACCGCUGUCUGAAGACUUACGCCAUCAAGAGAGCAGCGCUUUCCCCGGGCUCCAAAGGCCUGCUCCUGGAGGACAACCCGUCCAUCAGGGCCAUCACUCUGGGACACGGUCACAUCCUGGUGGGAACCAAAAACGGAGAAGUUCUGGAGAUCGACAAGACCGGACCCAUGACUCUGCUGGUGCAGGGCCACAUGGAGGGCGAGGUUUGGGGUCUGGCCCCUCACCCCCUCCUCCCCGUCUGCGCCACCGUCAGCGACGAUAAAACCCUGCGCCUGUGGGAGACGUCAGCCAAUCACCGCAUGGUGGCCGUCCGCAAGCUGAAGAGAGGCGGUCGCUGCUGUGCCUUCUCUCCUGAUGGGAAGGCGUUGGCGGUCGGUCUGAGCGAUGGCGGCGUGCUGGUGGUGAACGCCGACACGCUGGAGGAUCUGCUGAGCUUCCACCAUCGCCGCGACGCCAUCUCCGACGUCCGCUUCACCCCAGACUCAGGUAAAUUCCUGGCGGUGGCGUCACAUGACAGCUUCGUGGACGUCUACAACGUGCUGAGCAGUAAGAGGGUGGGGAUCUGUAAAGGAGCGUCCAGUUACAUCACGCACAUCGACUGGGACGCUCGAGGUAAACUACUGCAGGUGAACACAGGAGCCAAAGAGCAACUUUUCUUUGAAGCCCCGAGAGGAAAAAGACAAACCAUCAGAAACUCUGAGCUGGAGCGGGUCGAGUGGUCCAGCUGGACGUGCGUUCUGGGUUCGAGCUGUGAGGGAAUCUGGCCGACGCACAGCGACAUCACCGACAUCAACGCCGCGUCGCUCACCAGAGACCGAACGCUGCUCGCCACCGGAGACGACUUCGGCUUCCUCAAACUGUUCAGCCACCCUGUUCGAGGUCAGUACGCUCGUUUUAAGCAUUAUGUGGGCCACAGCGCCCAGGUGACCAACGUCCGCUGGGCUCAGGACGACGCCACCCUGCUGACGGUGGGCGGGGCCGACACCGCCCUGAUGAUCUGGGCGAGGGAGCGAGGGGGCGGGGUCAGCGGAGAGGGGGAGGGGCCUUUGUGUCGCGACAACCGCCCACCCGUGGACAGCGAGGAGUCGGACGACGACAUCGAGGAGGACGGGGGCUACGACAGUGAUGUCGCCCGGGAGAAGGCGGUGGAUUACACCACUAAGAUGUACGCCGUCAGCAUCAGAGAGAUGAGAGGAACCAAACCUCACCAACAGCUGAAGGAGCUGUCUGCUGAGGAGAGGCAGGGCAUUGUCAAGGGAUCCAGGCCUCCAGUGAGUCGAGCAGCGCCGCAGCCAGAGAAACUCCAGAAGAACAACGUCUCCAAGAAGAAGAGACUGGUCGAGGACCUGGUUUUAGAUCAUGUGUUUGGUUUUCGGGGCUUCGAUUGUCGUAACAACCUGCACUACCUCAAUGACGGCACCGACAUCGUCUACCACACUGCCGCCACUGCCAUCGUCCACAGUCUCAGCACCGGAACUCAGAGUUUCUACCUGGAGCACACUGAUGACAUCCUCUCUCUGACCGCCAACCAGCACCCGAAAUACAAAAAUAUCAUCGCCACUGGACAGAUCGGUGACGUCAGUGAACUCCCAGGCAGCACGCCGUCGAUCCACGUGUGGGAUGCGAUGAGUAAACAGACUCUGUCCAUCCUCCGCUGCCCUCACACUAAAGGCGUCGGCUACGUUAACUUCAGCGCCACGGGGAAGCUGCUGCUGUCUGUCGGGGUGGAACCUGAACACACCAUCACAGUGUGGCGCUGGCAGGAAGGAUCCAAGGUGUGCAGUAAAGCCGGACACCCGGACCGGAUCUUCGUGGUGGAGUUUCGUCCGGACUCGGACUCCCAGUUCGUGUCGGUGGGAAUCAAACACGUGAAGUUCUGGACGCUGGCCGGCGGCGCUCUGAUGUACAAGAAGGGCGUGGUGGGAACGGUGGAGGACGGCAGGAUGCAGACAAUGCUGUCUGUCGCCUUCGGUGCUAAUAACUUGACGUUCACCGGAGCCAUUAACGGGGACGUGUACGUGUGGCGGGAUCACUGCCUGCUGAGGGUGGUGGCGAAGGCUCACACCGGGCCGGUCUUCACCAUGUACACCACGCUGAGAGACGGACUCAUCGUCACCGGCGGCAAGGAGCGGCCGACUAAGGAGGGCGGUGCGGUGAAGCUCUGGGACCAGGAGAUGAAGCGUUGUCGAGCGUUCCAGCUGGAGACGGGACAGCAGGUGGAGUGUGUCCGAUCCGUCUGCAGAGGCAAGGGUAAGAUCCUGGUGGGGACGAAGGACGGGGAGAUCAUCGAGGUCGGGGAGAAGAACGCAGCGUCCAACCUGCUGCUGGACAGUCACGCUCGGGGGGGAAUCUGGGGCCUGACCGCUCAUCCCGCUAAAGAGCUGUGCAUCACCGCCAGCGACGACGCCACCAUCCGGCUGUGGGACCUCACCGACAAGAAACUGUUGAACAAGGUGUGUGUCGGCCACGCCGCCCGGUGUGUGAGCUACAGCGCAGAUGGAGAGAUGCUGGCGGUGGGGAUGAAGAACGGCGAGUUCCUCCUCCUCCUCGCCAACUCGCUGAAAAUGUGGGCGAAGAAACGAGACCGCAGCGCUGCCGUCCAGGACAUCCGGUUCAGUCCGGACCGGCGGCUGUUGGCGGUCGGUUCGGUGGAGAACACGGUGGACGUGUACGAUGUGAGCGGAGGACCGAGUCUGAACCGGCUGGUUUACUGCAGCGACAUCCCUGCUUUCAUCCUGCAGCUCGACUUCUCUGCCGACAGCUGUUUUAUACAGGUACGCGCACGGUUACGCGCACUGCCGACAGCUGUCGUACGCAGGUACGCGCACGGAUACGCGCACUGCCGACAGCUGUUAUAUACAGGUACGCGCACUGCCGACAGCUGUUAUAUACAGGUACGCGCACUGCCGACAGCUGUUUUAUACAGGUACGCGCACUGCCGACAGCUGUUUUAUACAGGUACGCGCACUGCCGACAGCUGUUUUAUACAGGUGUCCACAGGAGCUUAUAAGCGGCAGGUGUUUGAGGUUCCUUCAGGGAAGCUGGUGGGCGAUCAGACGAUCAUUGACCGAAUCACCUGGGCAACCUGGACCAGCAUCCUGGGAGAUGAAGUUUUGGGGAUUUGGCCACGAAACGCAGACAAAGCUGAAGUCAACUGUGCGUGUGUGUCUCACGCCGGCCUGAACGUCGUCACCGGCGACGACUUCGGAUUGGUUAAACUGUUCGACUUCCCCUGCACAGAGAAGUUUGCCAAACACAAGCGCUACCUCGGCCACUCAGCUCACGUGACGAACAUCCGCUUCUCCCACGAAGACAAAUACGUGGUCAGCACAGGAGGAGACGACUGCAGCGUGUUUGUGUGGAAAUGCCUGUAAACGCCGAGACGUCUGACGCUUUCAUCCAAAGCGCCUUAACAGCACCACGCGACGGACGGAGGCUUGACUUCAGCAAUGGGACGAGACGUUUCGGUUCUGUUCUGGUGAUGGACUGCAGCCAAAACACUGGGGGACGCUUCGAUCACAUGACCCUGAACAAACCACAAAGAGACGUGAAGAAUCACCCGCUCUUUCAAAAGACACGUCAGAGGGUUUUUCUUGGUCUGAACCGGAGCAGAGAAGCAGACGUUUUUGUUUUUCGGUUGAUUUGGAUUCACAUCUGCUCGGUUAGAAGCCAACCAGCCUUGAAACAAAAGGUCAUGUGACUCAGUGUCAUGUUGUCCUGCUCAGCACCAUCCAUCUCCCCCUACCCAGAAGGCCUUGCGCAGGGUCGUCGCGCCUCAGAUGACAAACCGCACCUCCAGGUCGUCCACCGAUCACGUGACCAUCUGGAGUUGCAGAAAGAGUGUCAAAGAGGAAAAGGUUCAUUUUGGAUUUUCCCCUCAAACAAACCAUUAGAAACAGCCGAGUGUUUCCUCCUGUCCAGGGGUCAGAUGCAUAAAACUCUGCGCGCACACACGCAAGUCAGAAAAAACGGGAUGUCACGCGUAUGAAGCCGUGCGAUCUGUUUCAUGAACCUCAAUCGUCGAGGAACCGGUCGUUUCCGCUCCCGACGUGAGCCUGAGAUAAAUGAAAAAUGCCCUUAAAAAGGACACUGAACGGGCCCGCCUCCCUUAGUUACUGUUGCUAGGUCAGAUAAGUUUUCAGGGUCUUUAAACUUGAGAAAUGUCACUAAUAAUAGUUUAUUAGCGCUCUUAUCCAAACGGACGUGUCUGUGCGAUUCGAUGAAGGAUGAAAUGAAUGAAUGAUCGUGCCUUUCGCUGCAGUAUUAUAGAUCGCUGUACGAGGUAAUCGCGCACGUUAGUUAGUGGAACCUAAAUGAAUAAAUGUGUUAUUAUUAGACGAGCGGUUCGCGUCCACGUGUCGUUUAUACGUCUGACUCCUGGAUUCGGCGCUUUUCAGGCUCGUCUUGUAAAAGCUGCUGGUGCUGCAUUCAGGGUACCAACGGAAAAACAACAUCCAAGUGACAAUUACAGAAUUUCAUAGCAAACGAAACUGAUGGGACCAUUUAAAGGACAAACUGUAACACAAGCUGCUGUUAGAAAUCAUGCAAAUCAUUAAGGACGUUCUGUACUGGGAUCACUGGGAGGCGACACUGGAAGUCGCUUUAUAAAGCAUCGGAUGCAGUUUCUUAUUCACAGAAACCUCCCGCAGUUUGUAACUGAGAGAAGAAACGUCUGAUUUAAAAUCACUUUUCAUUUCAAAGAGCCUUUACUGCAUCUGUCGUUGGAUAUCAUCACACUAAAGUGCCUUUCUGGAUCUUUCUACCUGUGUUUGUUUGUUUUCUUCUUAUUUUUUGGGGGAGGGGGAUAUUUCAUACACUGUUUUUUUAAUUUUUAUUUAUUUAUUUAUUUAUUUAAUCCAUAGUUGAACUUAUUUUGUACUCUGUCUGGUGCUACACUGAGAAUGUUCAAACUUUAAUUCAUCCAAAAAUGGACGCUGCUUUUUGUUUUAAAAGACAUGAAACAUCCAAAGCAUCGUGAUCGUAAAACAACACAGGACGUCCGAAGGAACAGAAAUACAUGUUAGGAGGAAUAUUUAUGGAAAUAUCUAAAUGUUAUUUAUGCCUCAUUUACAGUGUGGAUGAGUUUUCUGUGUGUGAACUGUUGAAUAUUAACUUUUAACUGUUGUGAAAAGUGUCAAAAGAGUCUGUUUGUGUGAAGAUCAAUAGAUGAAAAAAGCGGUUACACACCCGAUUUGUUGACUUACAUUUACCUUCGACACUUUUGAUUCCCUGAGGUCAAAGGUCACUGAAGUAAUCACUGAGGCAGGACUGUUUUUCUUGACACGACGGCCUGAAAAACGAUCAAAGCUUUGAAUUAACAGCUGACGGGAAUCUUCACUUCCUGCAUCACUAAUAGAUUUAAGACCAGGGGUCAAAGGUCGCAGCAGCAGAGUAGAAACGGUCAUCUGAAGAAGGUUCAUUAGUAAAAUAAAACUUAACGUUACAGCAGGAAACUGAAGAUUAUCAACCAAACAGUGUCACUACGAAGCUGUGAGAGUUUUAAAGGAGCAUGCCGCGUGUUUUGGCCGAUUUUAGCCCAAUAACUUUAAACAGUUUUACCUGACGGCCUGCCGUAGUUAAAAAAAAAAAUAUUUUGUGGGACAAAAUGUGUCUGAAAACUUUGAUCUUGAUGUUAAAAUCAGCUCCUGUGAAGAAAAUAUUUGUAACGACAAACCAAGUCCUAAAGAUGAGGCUGACUGCGCUGUCGUACAGUGUGAUGUACAGUGUGUUCGUGCAUGUGUGCCGUGUUUCUCCACGUUUAUACAAAGAGCAAACAGAAGCCGAGGAACGUCCACAACAAAAGAAAUAAAGCGCUGCGCUGAGAUCAGUUUGUAAAUGUUGCUGUGUGCACAGGUCGACAGAUUGUGUAGCUCUUUUGUUUUCACGUGAUUUUAUCGAACUGUACACGGAAGCAUAAACGAUGCUCAGAUGCAUGAAUUUAUUUUUUAAACCAAAACGUGUUUGUGGAUGAUUGAUGAGAUUUCAUGGUGUGAAUUACGUUCACCGCUUGAUUUUUGUACCGAAGUGAUUGUGAUCAAAGUGUGUGUGUGUGCGUUAGCUAAGUGUACAAACAAACAGAUUAAAUGAGAUUACAUUUUU